AGAGCUGCAUGGAUUGAAUUGCUUUGCGCGUGUUCUCCUGUAGUUACGGUUAAUUUCCAUAGCAACAUUUCUCGUAGCAGCAGUUCGUGGUCGUGCAUUUUGGGGUUAAAUAUAAAGUUUACAUUUGAUGAUCGCAUUGUAAAACAUCUUUAACAUUUCUACAAGGACAUGUUUGUCUAGGUGUCCACUGUCCGAAGUCCGACUGUCAGAAAGAUGCUUCAAAAGCUUGUUUUGUUCCGGUUUCUCCGACCUGCUGCUAUACUCUCUGCAGCUCUACGUUGUGCCUCAUCGGGGACCGUGGACGUCAAAGUCCCGCUGAACUUCUGGUGCGGAGACAGAGUGAAGAUCAAGGAUGUGUCAACCACUGAGCCUGUUUACGAACCUGCAACGGGUCGGGUCCUGUGUGAGCUAGAGCUCUGUGGGUCUCUGGAGGUGAACCAGGCAGUGCAGGCAGCCCAGUCUGCCUACCAGGCCUGGAGCCGGAUGUCAGGGAUGGAGAGGGCACACAUCAUGAUAGAAGCUGCCCGUAUCAUUGAGAACAGGAGAGAAGACAUUGCGGAGAUCGAGGUGGUGAACAACGGGAAGUCCAUCACAGAAGCCCGAAUGGACGUGGACUCUGCCAGACUGUGUAUAGAGUAUUACGCUGGAGUGGCCAGCACUCUGGCAGGCCAGCAUAUCCAGCUACCUGGAGGCUCCUUUGCCUACACACGGCGGGAGCCUCUGGGCGUCUGUGUGGGGAUCGGUGCAUGGAACUACCCCUUUCAGAUAGCAGCCUGGAAGUCGGCCCCAGCCCUGGCCUGUGGCAACUCCAUGGUGUUCAAGCCUUCACCUGUGACUCCAGUGACGGCGGUGAUGCUGGCGGAGAUUUAUGCCAAGGCCGGGACCCCAGAGGGGCUGUUCAACAUAGUUCAGGGUGGGCAGGAGACAGGCAGCCUGCUCUGCCACCACCCGGACGUGGCUAAGGUCUCCUUCACCGGCAGUGUGCCCACAGGCAAGAAGAUUAUGGAGAUGUGCUCCAAGGGGGUAAAGCAAGUGACUCUGGAACUUGGUGGGAAGUCUCCUCUGCUCAUCUUUGAGGACAGUGACCUGGGGAACGCAGUGAAGGGGGCUCUCAUGGCCAACUUCCUAUCCCAGGGCCAGGUUUGCAGCAAUGGGACCCGGGUGUUUGUUCAGAGGCAGAUGUUGCCUGAGUUCCUGGAGGAGGUUGUGAGGAGGACCAAGGACAUUGAGAUAGGGGACCCACUACUGGAGAGCACUCGUAUGGGAGCACUGGUCAGCCGGCCACACCUUGACAGAGUCCUGGGCUACGUCGAACAGGCCAGGAAAGAGGGUGCCAAGGUGUUGUGUGGAGGGGAACCCUUCGUUCCUUUAGAUCCCAAACUCAGAGGUGGAUACUACAUGACACCAUGUGUAUUGGGCGACUGCACGGACGACAUGACAUGUGUGAAGGAGGAGAUCUUUGGGCCUGUGAUGUCUGUGUUGUCCUUUGAAACAGAGGAGGAAGCUUUGCUGAGGGCCAACAACUCCGCCCUGGGCCUGGCUGCGGGGGUCUUCACCAGUGACGUCAAGCGAGCACACCGUGUAGUGGAACACCUGAAGGCUGGAUCCUGCUUCAUCAACAACUAUAACAUCACCCCUGUGGAGGUGCCCUUCGGAGGGUUCAAGAUGUCAGGCAUCGGGAGAGAGAACGGUCAGGUGACUGUAGAGCACUACACACAAAUGAAGACUGUGUUUGUGGAGAUGGGGGACGUUGACAGUCUCUUUUAAACGUCAAGCCAGACCAAUGGAGUCAUGCAACUCAGAGAUGUUCUGGGGGAUGAAAUACCAGCAUCCUGAGACAGAAAAAGGUCUCUGGUACGUAGAUAGUUGAAUGAAGGAUAUACAGUAAUAUUGCCAUCCAUCUCUGAUAGAGUUUAGCUUAGUUAGUUAUUCUCCAUUUAAAAAAAAUUGUGUGAUAAGAUCUCCGUUCUGAACCAAAUGGAUAAAUCGAAAGCCUUGAUCGUGCCUUGAUAUUUUGUAACAAAAUAUUGAUUAAAUUGAUUCUCAUAACUAUGGAUGCCUUACAUAAAAAAAGUACUUGACAUUAUGCAGCAUGUUGCACUUUUUGUCACACUUUCACUGUUUGCCAAUGGAUGUAGGUUACAACAGGGUAACUGGUGCAGUCACCUGUCAGACGUUUGCCAUUUCUGUAACUUUUUGGUCACUUAGACGCUCUUAUCCAGGGCGACAUACAGGAGAAAUUAGGGUUAAGUGCCUUGCUCAAGUGCACAUCGCCAGUAAAAAAAAAAAAAUCUAGUCAGCUCGGGGAUUCGACCCAGCAACCUUUCGGUUACUGUCCCAACCUCUUAACUGCUAGGCUACCUGCUGCCCCAUUUCUUUGUACAAUUGUAUUUUUACUUGUACUUUGUAUGUAUCACCAAAUCAAUGUUUACCAUUUCAAAGCUGUGUGCAUGUAUUUUCAUUUCACCCUUUUUCAUUUCUUCAUUAAUAUGCAUGACAAGUUUAUAAAUGGGCUUUGAAGUAAAGCUUUAAUUCCAUAAAUAUCAUACUUACAAUAUUGUAUAUUUCAGGCAUCACAUAUGGAACCAGCAUGUCAUAAGUUUUUUUUAUUAAUUUCAUAAAAAAGAAAAGUUAAAGAACAAAGUAUAAAAAAAUAUACAGCUACAAUAAAACAAAUGGAAUUGAUUUUCCUAUGAAUGGGAAAAUAUAUUAGAAAUGUCUAAGAUAUUGUAGAUAUAUAUUAUGUGUUGUACAGGCAAUGAACUGCAAAAUAAAUACCGUAAGGCUGGCUUUACUACUCGGGUUUUAAAAAUGUUCAAACAGGCAUAGAAAUUAAAUAUUCAUGUAAACAUG